GUCUUACCCGCCAAAACCGCCGAAAGCCAUCCCCCGCCUCCUCCUCACGCCACCCCCUCUCGCCAUCGCCGCUAUAAAGCUCCUCUCCUCCCAUGGCGGCGUCUCCUACUUCGAUCUACACGCUGCUUUCAACUCUCUGAGAGCUAGCUAGCAUGUCUUGCUUUGGCAUGGCGAGCGGGAGCAGCGCCGGGUGGCCGCUGUCGCCGUCGCCGUCGUCGACGAGGGGGAGGAGGAGGGUGAGUGUGAAGCCGUGGCGGUUGUGGUGGCGGAGGUGCGCUGGAGUUGCGGCGGUGAUCCAGUCCAAGAUCCAUCGCCGCGCCGUGCGGUGGCCGGGCGGGCAUGGUGGUGGGCGCCGGCGCCGCGAGGCCGCCACGGCGUCGACGCGGGAGCGGGAGGGGUGGUGCCAUCACCGGAGCUUCGCGCCGGUCUACGUCGACGAGCUCUACAGCCAUCCCAAGACCCACCACGUCGCCGUCCACGAGGCGCAGGCGCAGCAGCCGAACACCACCGCUGCCAAGACCAACGCCGGCGCCGCCAGCGGCAAGGCGCGCGCCGUCGCCGCCGCCGCCGCCAACAACAACAACAACGCUGUAGCCGCGACCAACGCUAGCGCCAUGUUCGCCGCCAAGAACGCUGCCGCUGAUGCUGCGACCAACGCCGCUGCCGGGGCCAGAGGCAAGGGGCGGGUGGGCGGCGGCAAGAAAGCUGCUGCCGCUGGCGCGGCGACCAACGGCGGCGGCGCCAAGGCGGCGCGCGGCGGCGUGAGGAGCUUGCUGAUGAGCCCGCUGAGAGGAGGAGGAGCGUGUGGGAUGGGGGAGGUGGAUGUGAGGGCGGAGGUGUUCAUCAGAAAGUUCAGGGAGGAGAUGAGGCUGCAGAACCAGAAAUCCGCCGAGGAAUUCCAAGCCAUGCUCGCGAGAGGCCUAUGACACAUCAUCAUCUUAGUUUAUUAUUAGUCAUUUGUAUAAUAAUCAUAAUCUAAGCAUGAUUAUUAAGAGUUAUUGAUAGGUAGCUAUGGUUUGGAGUUUGGAAGAUUUUUAGGGGCUUAGGUAGGAGGAGAUUAUGUCGUGUUCUUAAGAUUGCUAUAGUUUGAAUUUGGAGUCUUUUCGUGUAAAUAUUAGUUUUAUGUAGGAUUGUUGCAUUCAUUGGUUGCAUGGAUGUAUAUUGCUGGGUGUUUAUCACAAUUCACAAGGAAAAAAAGAAACAGGGAUUUCCGGCUUGUUUA